UGAACCGCCGCAGUCGCGGCUGAGGAACUGCACGGCCCCAGCGCGCUCGCUGCCCAGCAGAAGUCGGAGCAGCAGCCAGCUCCGGGCCGGGGCCAUGGGCGCCCUGCGCCACCCGGGUCAUGAGGACGGAGGCGGAGGCAGCGGGGCAGCCGCUCGAGCCGGGGUCUCUGACAGAACCUGGAGUUUGCACAGUUUUUCAGCUUGUCUGGCUAGCCAGCUUCCUCUGGGGAUUUCCUGUCUCUACUUCCUGCAUGCUGGGAUUACAAGAGAUUUUGUGCAGCUGCCUGUGCCCGUCAUCCAGCAGCUCUACCACUGGGACUGUGGCCUGGCCUGCUCCAGGAUGGUGCUGCAGUACCUGGGCCAGCUGGACGACCGGGAGUUUGAGAGUGCCCUGCAGGAGCUGCAACUGACCAGAAGCAUCUGGACCAUCGAUCUGGCCUACUUGAUGCGCCACUUUGGUGUGAGACACCGCUUUUGUACCCAGACUCUGGGUGUUGACAAGGGUUAUAAGAACCAGUCCUUCUACAGGAAGCACUUUGACACAGAGGAGACCAGGGUUAACCAGCUGUUCGCACAAGCCAAGACCUGCAAGGUGCUGGUGGAGAAAUGCACAGUGAGCGUGCAGGACAUCCAAGCACACCUGGCUCAGGGCCAUGUGGCCAUUGUGUUGGUGAACUCAGGGGUGCUGCACUGUGACUUGUGCUCCAGCCCAGUCAAGUACUGCUGCUUUACCCCCCGUGGCCACCGCUGUUUCUGCCGUACUCCUGACUACCAGGGCCACUUCAUCGUUCUGCGUGGCUACAACAGGACCACUGGCUGCAUCUUCUACAACAACCCAGCCUAUGCUGACCGAAUGUGCAGCACCAGCAUCAGUAACUUCGAGGAGGCCAGGACCAGCUAUGGCACAGAUGAAGACAUCCUCUUUGUCUACCUGGACAGCUGACAGCAGGAGCCUGGCUUGCCAGGCCCUCAGACCCUAUAUCCUACCCCAGCCAGGCCCACUCAGGAUACGUAGGCCCAGGGCUGCUGGGGCUAGGAUGCCCAGUCGUAGCCUCAGCCUGUUUGACAAGGCCCUGGGGUACUCUGUGACAUGGCUGCUUUGUCCUCCAGUGCUAUGUGUCAUUAUGCAACUUACCCUAAGCACCUGCUAGUUGCUGGAGGCAUUCUAAGAGCCUCUCUCAAGACCCUAAGUCUGACUCUAGCUGUGUCCAAAGCAAGAGAAGAAGCUAGAGUCAGUCUCUCUGCGGACUGAGUCCUGGGAGAGGUCACUUAUCUUGAUGCCACUCUUUAGGACAGCAUCUCUGUGUUUGGGGAGAGCACAUCCAAACCCAGGCCCAUGGCACAGGGCCACUCUAAGCCCCAAUAUUUUGCUGCCACAUGGUGGAGUCACUACUCUCUUCUGUCUCAGUGGACUCAAGUUUCUCUGAUUAUGAAGCCUUGUUAUUAUGCAACAUAGGCACACUUUACAGCCACUCUGGCUCCCUGACCCCUGGGAUGCUGGGACUUUCUUAGCAUCUAGGUACCUCGGUUCUAUAGAAUGGAGAGCCUUUAGCAGUGAGCUGGGUCCAGUGAAUGACAGCAGAGAGAAUAUUCCAGGAAUAAAGUGCUGCUGAGGCCCCAGAGAGCCCCUGUGCCCAGGAGGCCUUCUGACACCAGCCUAAAUUCCCACAGUGGUAUUUGUCCUCUAAGUGUGGGAGCCCCACAUCUCUUGAGGAUGGGUGCUAGAGGGCCUGUCCUCCUAAAACGAUGACCAGGGGACGACAGCCUGUAGCCACCCAUCUACCCUGGUUUUUAUACCAGGACCAUUUGCACAGAAUACUGGGUCUUCAGUCCUGAUGAAGAAAGGCAAGGAUCAUACAGCACUUCACGUAGCACCAAUUGGAGCUGGUUCCUUCCUCUUAUGCUCUUGAUAGCAAGGGUAUUUAUUUUACUGAGAUUUAAAUUUUCAGCUUGCAGGGAGUAAGACAAUAAUAGAUUACAGGUACUUUGGAACCACUAACACCUCUUUUCAUAGGGCAGAUAAGUCAGUACAAGUUCUUAAUAUGAAAACUGCCUGGCCAGCAGCCUGAGGGGCCCCUCACCUUACAGAGGAAGAGGCUGGCCCCUGGAGGAGGCUUGCCCAGGGCAAUGGUAGAGCUGGGUCUUGAACCCAGGUCUGCACCAAAGAAACAAGGAAAUGGGUCAUUCUCACGGAGACUAGGGGAGUUCACUCCUCAUAGGAUGCCUCUGGCAAAGAAGCAGGGGUACCCCAACGCUUCACUAUCCCUGUACUCCUGGGGCCUUAGUCUUUCAGUGCCCAAGGCGUGACAUGGUAGCAGCUGUUUCCCCCACCACUAGCUGGCCCCUCCCUGAGCAUGGUAGUUCUGAGGGACAGAGGUGGUCUGUGUUUACAAGGUCAGUCAGACCACUCACCGAAAUUACUCAAUACCAGAUGCAGCCUUAGGCUGGGAGGGAAGUGCUCUUGGCUAGGUAGCCAGCCUGGCUUUCAGAGAUUAGUAUUGGUUUCAGUCUGGUCUCAUUUCCAUUGCCUUAAUGCUGGGUGACCUAAGGCUCUAGGGAACUCUGGCUCCAAGCCUAGGAGUACUGCAUAACAGCUAUGGGGUGUGGGUGUCCUCAGGAGAGGAUCGGUAAAAUUGUGAGGAUACCUGAUGGGAGGAAGUAAAGCCUUUAUGAUAAUUGGAUGUGAUGAGGCAUGCUGGUGGGUGGUCAUGGGAAGUGGCUUCCAAUGAAGGUGGUCACCUUCUCUAGGAUAUUUAAAAAUACUCAGUCCCUGGACUCAGACAAUGACUUCUCAGGGCAAGUUACAAGUUAGAGGCCUCCUGUCUGUAAGAGUAAUAAGACAGCUGCUAUCUACGAGAUCCAUCUGCCUGAGGAGGGACGUAGAGGCAGGAUGUAAGCCACACUGUGUUGUAUUCUUGUAGAGGUCAUGAAAAUGGGCUAGAGAAAGCUGUGACAUCAGGGACUUGCCCACAGCAUGUGGUACCUACAACUGCCGAGCUUGUCCUGCAGCCCAGUGAAGCCUCUGAGGCCGCAUGGGACAGCGGAUGGCUGUACACUCUAGCCACGGGGAUGAAAGGGAUCUUUUGCAUAGCAGAGGAUUUUAUACAUAAAUAUAUUUUGUUUGUAAUGAGCCAUUCUCAAUAAAUAUUCUCACUGCA